GAGCUGCACAGCACACCUCCAACAACCUUUGCACAGCACUUCUCCAUGUCACAGGCAAAUGCAGAAGAAAAUGUUAAGGCUGACUUAAAAAGUGUGGGAAGACGGUGAGCCGGUGUAAUCUGAUGCCGCCUGGAUUCUGAUAAACAGGCGACCAGGGCUCUGCUGCAAGAUCCACCUGUUCUUUGCUGCUUUGGGUGCUGUUUCCUGCAGGCCUUUUACCAUUUGUUUUAACAACUCUGCACCUCCAGGACCUGGUUUGGUGCUUCAGGGGGAGUCUGGUGUAUAUUUAAGCUCUCCCCCACCUAUCUGUCGGCACCAGUGGGUCCCCAGUCACUCAACUUUGCCAUCUAGUGGAGCUCUGAAGGUGCAGCUCUGUUCUGGUGAAGGAAAGCCAACCAGCUACCUCCCUCACCUGGAGAGUUGUAUGCUCUGCACAUUUUUUGAGGCAUAAUUUUCACCUUUUACCUACUGGGCGCACUGUAGCACGAAACAGCUGAGGAAAAUAAUGAAAAGCAUGAACCUGAGUUUCCUGUGGAUGUUGCAAAAUACAAAGUGACCUAUCUGGGAUAUAUUGCCACAGUGGGAGAUUUCAUCCAAAUCCAAAACCUGUUAUAAAUAAAGACAUAAUCAGCAAAUGGCAUCAUCAAUAAACGAAACAUCGAUACCACAACUAACAAAUAACGGCACCACAGUAAGACAUUUACCAAAAUAUCCCCAACACAACUGGGAAUUGUUGAUUGGGGUACUGGUGACAGCCAUCUCUGUCUCUCUUCUCCUGGCUCUUCUUGCCAAAUGUCAGGUGAUCCGACGUUACCUGGCCAGCUACAGGCACACACGCCUUAGGGAACUGGAUACUGUCAGCCAUUCUGACCAAUCAGGCCUAGAGGUGGAGUUUGAUAUGCGCAGGGGACGAAUAGACCCUCACUGCCUCCCUCCUGUGAGGGAGGAGGAUGACGACGGCUUUAUUGAAGACAACUACAUCCCAGCUAGUGAGAGAGCCCGGGCCGAGAGGGCAGCUGAGGAUAUGGAGGAAGAUACAGAAGAAGAGCUGGACGAGAUUGAAUUUAGCAUCACUUAAGAGUCUCUGGACACUUGCAGUUUGGUGGUUGGACCAGAACUCCCAGCAUCCAUCGCUGCUCCAUUUUCAGUUGUUUUAUGAGUGGGUCUGAUUUAAAGUUUUUCAAAGAAGAUACAUACUUUGUUUAAUGGCAUCACAUUAGAAUUAAUAAUUACACCAUCCUCAUAGUUAGGGAAGUUCUAAAUCUGAGCUCUGAGGGCCCACUAAAUUUUUUACAGCUGACAGUUUUAUUUAGUUUUAAAGAUCAUUUUAUUGUGUAAAAGUCAAAACUAGCAAGAAAGAAGUGCUUAUCUUGAAAGAUUAAAAAAGAAAAUACUUAUCCACUGAUGCAAUAUUUCUAAUAUAAGGUCAACACAUCCACAAGGCUGUUUAGUUUUCUAAGUGAUGCACAAGAACUGGGCUCCAUUUUAUUUGCACUCAGGAGUCAGAUUUAAAUAUAACAAGUUGGUAAAAUCCAUUGAUGCUAGCACAAAGUCAAAAUUACUUCCUUAAAAGUAUGCUGUUUUUGACAAACCUUGAUCUUUAAAUCCAUUAUGGAUACCAUCCAGUUAAACAUGCAGUAAAAGAACUGAUUAUAUGUGCUUUAAAUACUUUCCUUCUCAUUAAAUCAGCAGCACAUACAGUACUGGUUAUUAUGUAUUUGUGAACUAUUUGUGAAUCUGAAUGUAUUGAAUGUUAUUAGUUUGUAUAGCUAAUAGUAUGUAGCCAUGUCCAUUAAAACCAAUAACCAGAAAAGUCUCCUGGUUUUCUGACAUUUAUGCGGCAGUAAAAGUGAGUUAUGCAGCAGUAAAUGAAAAAGUUUUUUUUUCCAUUAAUUUAUUUCUUAGCUGAUAUCAGAACAUUCUAGAUGUCACAGGUCCAUAUUAAAUUAUUUACAAAUAUCUACUGUUCUUUAAGCCUAUUCAGUUUGUUACAAAUGGUUUUCUGAAAAUGGUUCAAAUUGUUCAUGUUUUGGUUGCUUCCUUAACUCUUAUAAAAUAUUUCAUUGGGAUUUAAAUGUGAGGUUUUUUAAGUAAAUCAUUUUGCUUCUUUUGUGUUACUGAAGAACGAAAACUCUAUACAAUUACCUACCCACAACCACGAAUGAUCUCUUUUGUUAUUUGUUUGGUUCGACUUUAUAUUUACACCUGUUAUAUAUUUUGCCUCUGUAUCUUAGUAUCUCAUACAUUGUUUCUGUUUUAGACUAAAUUUUAUUUGAAAUAUAUUCUAUAAUAAUAUGCUGAAAGUUAAUUAUCUUUAUUUCAAGAGUAAAACAUUAUUUCUUUAGAUAAAAAGUUUCUAUAUUUUGUGAUGAACGGCAGGGUAAAUAUCAGUUCAAAGGUUUCAGAAACACCUAAAGAAAAGUUGUAGUUAUAUAAGUUUUUAUCUGAUUUUUUCCCCUGUGCAUUUGUCCAAUUCUGCUUCUGUGGACAUGCUUACAUGUUUAGUUUCAUAAAAUCAAUUUUUAUAAUAAACAAGGAUAGCCUGGUUGAAUUUAA